CAAACGAUUAGCUACGGUUCAACGCACGGAAAAUUAAACAAACACCUGCUUACGAUGGUACACACCUGUGCCAUACAUGGUUGUAGAAACCGAGCUAAUGGUGAAAUUAAGCGUGGAUUUUACACGAUUCCAAGCAUAAGAAUUCACGAAGGGACACAAACCGAGGAGUUGAGCAAGCAAAUACGUACUGCAUGGCUUGCACGCAUCAACAGGAAAGAUUUCAGUCCAACGACGCAUACCAAAGUUUGCUCAGACCACUUUGUUUCCGGGAAACCAGGUAGUUUAUAUGACACAACCAACCCAGAUUGGGCUCCGUCCCUCAGACUCACUGGUGAGGACAAGGGCAACACAGAUGAAACCAGUUAUAGAAACGUUGGUAGUACUCGUAGAUAUGAAAGAGCUCAUGCAAGGAAGGCACAAAAAGAGAAAAGCAUUGUUGCGGAAGCACUAUUAGAGUUAUCACAUUUUGAUGUUCGUGCUCAAGACUACUAUUCUGACAAUGAAGAAAUAGAAGUUAAAAGAAAAAACUGUCUUUUCUAUUUGUGUGGUACACUUGAAGACCAGCAUCCACAUGCACAGGUAAAUGAAGCACAGUGCACAGCAGAUGACACAGAUUUCCCAAGUACAAAGCCUAUCGAUGAAACUUUGUUUAAACAAGUGAGUGAUGAAUGUCAGAGGCUUACAACAGAAAAUAUAAGUCUACGGGACAAAGUACAGGAAGCAAAGAUUAGUGAAGAUUCUUUCAAAGAUGACAAGAAAGUGAACUAUUACACUGGUCUUCCAGGUUUUCUAACAUUAAUGUCAUUAUUUGAGUUUCUGAUGUCAGACAUCCCAGACGGCAACAGAUCUUCAUUGACAAAGUUUCAGAAGUUGAUUCUUGUUCUGAUGAGACUUAGACUUAACCUGCCAGUGCAGGACUUGGCGUACAGAUUUGAUGUAUCUCAAGCGACAAUAUCAAGGGCAUUUUUAAGCGUCAUCCAUGUCAUGUUCAUCAAACUGAAAGAUUUCAUUUACUGGCCUCAAAGGAACAAUUAA